UGGCAUCUGAGAGGUUGCACGCUAUUCAGUGAUGCAGUCUUCCAUUCAUCGAUAAACUCCUUAUCGGACAUAUAAAGACUACGAGCACCUCAUGGGAUUUAGGCCGUCGUCUAUAUAUCUCUUCCUUGCAAGGAAGGCAACGUACAACAUACCACCAUGGCAGAACGCUCCGUUGCAUUAGUGACAGGCUCCGCUCGCGGAAUGGGUCGAGCCGUUGCGCUUCGGCUCGCAAGCGAUGGCUUCAAAGUUGCUUUGAACGAUAUCGCUUCCCAGAAAGAGGCGCUGGAGACUCUUCGCAGCGAAAUUGAGGAGUUGGGGAACAAAGCGUUCAUCUACAUAGCUGACGCUUCGAAGGAGGACGAAGUGAAGGCUAUGGUUGAUGAGACCGUGUAAGUGUUAGGCAGGCUGGUCGUUGUAAGCAACC